AUGGUAAGUUUGCCGUUGAUGUUUGUUUAUCUUUUGUCUCUCAUCAUCUUAAUCGAUAUCAUCUCUCUUCCUCAACCAUCACUGGCCCUGUCCUCCUGUAACGGCGCAUGCGCAACCCUCAACGACUGCGAUGGUCAGCUCAUCUGCAUCAACCGCAAGUGCAACGACGACCCGGAUGUUGGUACUCACAUAUGCAGUAAACCGCCGCCACCACCUCCCAUGACCGCCGGAGGUUCAAAUUCAAAGGCUAAAUAUGAAAUAGGCAUUUCGGCUGGUGUUUCGGGCAUCUUCAUAAUCAUUUUUUGCAUUGUAUGCAUAUCAAGGAAAAGAAUAUCAGGUUUCUUCAAGAAAGAUAUAGGGGAUGAGUUUGAUGUUGAGGCAUUUAUAAGGAACUAUGGAUCCCUUACUCCAAAACGGUAUAGUUAUGCAGAUGUCAAGAAAAUGACAGACUCAUUCAAAGAUAAAAUAGGUAAAGGUGGAUUUGGAACCGUGUACAAAGGCAGGCUGCCGGAUGGCCUUGUCGUGGCUGUGAAAGUCCUAAGCGAGUCCAAUGGUAAUGCAGAAGACUUUAUUAAUGAAGUUGCUAGCAUUGGUAGAACCUCCCAUGUCAACAUUGUCACUCUCUCUGGAUUCUGUUAUGAGAGGGACAAAAGAGCUUUGAUUUAUGAAUUCAUGCCCAAUGGAUCUUUAGAUAAGUUCAGACAUGAGCAAGGAUCUGAAGCAAAAUGUCCCUUGGAAUGGAAAACACUAUCUGAAAUUGCUGUUGGCAUUGCGCGAGGACUAGAAUACUUACAUCGUGGAUGUAACACUAGAAUUCUGCAUUUAGACAUCAAACCACAGAACAUUCUUUUGGAUAAAGAUUUUUGCCCGAAAAUCGCUGAUUUCGGGCUUGCCAAACUAUGCAAACCAAAGGAGAGUAUUGUAUCCAUGAUGGGGACAAGAGGAACUGCAGGGUACAUUGCACCAGAAGUGUUUAGCCGGAACUUUGGAGGCGUAUCUCACAAGUCUGAUGUGUACAGCUACGGCAUGUUGGUUCUUGAAAUGGUUGGAGCCAGAAAGAAUUUGGAUUCGGAAGCGUCUCAUACCAGUGAAUUGUUUCCGCAUUACGUUUAUAAAGAUCUAGAGCUAGACAAUGAUGAGAAUGUUUUUGGGGCAAUCACAGAGGAGGGAAAAGAAAUAGCAAGAAAGAUGGUAAUAAUAAGUAUGUGGUGCAUUCAGACAAAUCCUUCCGAUCGGCCAUCAAUGGGCAAAGUAGUAGAGAUGUUGGAAGGACCUCUUCACACAUUGCAAAUUGCACCCAAGCCUUUCUUGUUUUCUCCUGCACAAGGCUCUAUGAUCACAUCCCAACCAGCUGAAAUAGAUACUAAGGCAAUUUUGUCUCAUGAGCAGAUCACUGGUAAUUAGGAAAUUCUAGCUGAAUUAUUGUAACAUAGUUCCGUUAUCGUAAAUCAGACAGUUUUCAUUAUCCAAGUAAACUAUAUAUUCUAUGGCC